CUCUGAGUUUGAACAGUGAUUUACAUUCAUAGAGGAGAACCAACAAGUGGAAAAUAGUUGCACUAGCCGCAUUAAAACUGACUUCUUGUUACUGCAAAUCAAACUAAAUUGGUGGCUCCCCAUUUAAUAUCAAAGCGGUAAGUAAUGAUCCUUAAAAGGUCACCAAACCCAAUGACGUCCGCAUUAAAAACUCUCAACUACUUCUCCUUCAAAACGCGAUUCUGCACCACCUGUCCUUUUGCCCGCCAAGACUUUUCCUGCUCUUCACUCUCCACCUUCUGCACGUCGCAGUCUCGACUUUUCUCCUCAUUACGUUCUUGUACAUUGAUGGAGGUUGUUAAAGCUGCUUGUAAGCAGGGAUCUGCUGCUCGUGAUAGUAUUGCAAUUAGAGCUGAUCAGAAGAGUUACACUUACAGCCAACUCAUAUCAUCUGCAUGGAAGAUAUCUAGACUUUUGUGCGAGGAACUGAAAACUAGUUGUGAAAGUAGCAAGCAUGGUCAUCCAUCUGUGGCAGUUGAUGAUGCCACAGAGUAUGAGAAUCUCGGUGGAGCUCGAAUUGGAAUUGUGGCUAAUCCUUCUGCUGAAUUUGUUGCGGGAGUACUAGGGACUUGGUUUAGUGGAGGUGUUGCAGUUCCACUUGCACUCAGCUAUCCGGAGGCUGAACUUUUGCACGUGAUGAAUGAUUCUGAUGUGUCUAUGCUAUUGAGUACUGAAGAUUACAAGGAGACUAUGCAAAGUGUUGCUGCUAAAAGUGCUGCCAAGUUUUCUCUUAUUCCACAUGUUACUAGCACUUUGUCACAGAUAAACGUAGAUGAUCAGUCACAAACUGGAUUCCUAAAUGCAUAUGGGAGCUUUCCAGGAAAAGUUGAGAACUCAGGUGAUCCAGCAUUGAUUGUCUACACCAGUGGUACAACUGGUAAACCAAAAGGAGUUGUACAUACACACAAAAGCAUCAGUUCUCAGGUUUUGUGGGCAAAGAUACCUCUUAGAAGCCCUUAG